AUGCCACGAGAUGAGUCAGAAAUUGAAUUAUUCAACGAGGAGAGCGAGAGCAGCGACAACCCACACGUGCAUCGUGGAAUCUACUGGAGCAACCUGACUGUCCGCAACUUCCUUGGAACGAGGAUGGUUCUCUUUCCUGUGAGUGGAGCAGCCAAAACUGGUGAACUCCUGUGCAUAGUCGGAGACAGAUGCUCAGGAAAGACACUGCUGCUUGAGGCAGUCACCAACAACGUUGAGUCGAACUACCGCCGCUACGGCUACUGCCACAACCUGGGUGGAUGCGCCAUCUUCAUCACCGAAAUAAACAGACUCUUUCUGGAAGAGCUGACUGUUAAGGAGAAUAUCAGACUGGCUGAAAGACUGAGUCACAAAAUGACACCUGAUCCCAUGGAAAGUGAUAGGAUAUUUGGGACUGACUUGAACAAGAGAAGCAGAGACCUGAGACUGUACCAGAAGCACCUGCUGAGCCUGUACAUUGCGUACGUCCUAGGGAAGCCAGUUGUGAUCCACGAUGAGCCAUUUGAGUACGUGAAGGAGGAAGAGAGGGCGGCCGUGCUGCGGAUGCUGUGCUGGCUGAAGUCAAACAACCGCGUUGUGGUUGUUGCCACGAAGGUGGACGAGAUGAGCAGCGAUCUGGUCAAAGAAGUCACGAAAUUCUAUUUCAUGCUUAAUCGUAGAAUAAUCCACAAGGGCACCGUAGGAGACUUCACGAGAAUUCUUAGGGGAAUUCUGCCUGAAACCAAUUUCGGGGCAUCGACUGAAAUUGGGGUCGUAGCAGCGGCACUGCAUCGAAGACCACUGAAGAACGAGACGAGGGAGCAGGCUGUCUCCCGUCACCGGGCCAUUGCUCUCCAUUGGAUUGAGACGGAGGCAGAGGAGGAGGAGGAGACUGAGCCACCCUUCGUAGGUGCGAAAUGGAGAAGUGGCCUCGUCUCCCAGUACUCCGCCUUCCUCUGUGACUUCCUCCAAACCGUCUUCCUUCGCAAGCUGAAUCUGCUGCUCUACCUGGUCACCCUCAUCGUCCCUGAGCUCAUCACAGUCUCCCUCUCGUUCAUUUGGUCAAAUACUCAAUUCUAUAAUGCGCAUGAAAUAGAAAUAUCAACCAGGGAGAGAACACUCUUCUUCCCAGAGGGAGCAGUCACCGUCUCAUCGGACGACCUGGCCCUGAUCACUGCCCGCCUCGACUCCAUCAAACUCAGCAGCAGCGCCUACUCGCUCGAGCGACACGCUGAGCUCGUCACCCUCACCAACUUCUUCUCCUGCUACGUCUCCUCCCGCUUCCUGACGCUCUUCGUCCUCCGCUACCUCCUCCUCUCCCAGUUCCACUACGUCGCCUACUUCUUCAAGAACGCCCUUUUGGGCAGAAGCAGAAACUGCAACUUCGUCAGCACCGAGGUCGCCCUGGCCACCAUUUUGGUCUCUCGCAUCCCAAACCUCGUCGUGGAGUACGCAACCAACGUCCUCCUCUUCAGUCGCCUCCUCUUCCUUAGGCCGUACAUCUGCACCAAAUACGCCAUCGUCCACACCCUCCUCUUUCUCAUGGUCAACCUCUUCAGCAUCCACCUUCUCAGGUUCAGUCCAACCAACUUUGGUCUACUCUUCUACAAGGGCAUUCUCUUUCUNCACUACGUCGCCUACUUCUUCAAGAACGCCCUUUUGGGCAGAAGCAGAAACUGCAACUUCGUCAGCACCGAGGUCGCCCUGGCCACCAUUUUGGUCUCUCGCAUCCCAAACCUCGUCGUGGAGUACGCAACCAACGUCCUCCUCUUCAGUCGCCUCCUCUUCCUUAGGCCGUACAUCUGCACCAAAUACGCCAUCGUCCACACCCUCCUCUUUCUCAUGGUCAACCUCUUCAGCAUCCACCUUCUCAGGUUCAGUCCAACCAACUUUGGUCUACUCUUCUACAAGGGCAUUCUCUUUCUACUCAUUUUUGGUGCAAUGAAGUUGAGUCGCAAUUUCGCAUGCUUUCUGGCGCAGCUGCUUGUUUGCCACGUUCUCUCACUGGUUGGACGUGAGAUCAUAUCAGUCUUGACACUUUAUGUCGUAUCACUAUUUCUGAUUACAACUGGAUUAUUCCUAUAG